AGGAUGGCGAUAAAAUAUUAUGCAUGGUUUCAUAGCUCACCUACCGCUGCCUCCACUCACUUUCAUUCACAGCUACUCAAGAUGGCGGCAGCUUCCUCCAUCCAGCCGCCGAGCGUUCACUCUUUAAACCAUGAAAACGCACCUUUCCUGGAUUCUGACAGCCUGGAGAUCCGUCAGGAUGAGGACGCAGGUUCCGAGGGGACCAGUCUCCGAGAUUUACCCGAUUUGGAACCGGAGGAAAUUGAGAAGAGGCUGGAGAAAACUCGCCACGAGCUGAGCAACAGGAGGAAAAUCCUCAUUAAAAACCUGCCACAAGAUACAACCAACCAGGAGGUCCACGAGAUUCUGAGAGAAUACGAGCUCAAGUACUGCUUUGUGGACCGCAACAAAGGGACAGCGUUUGUGACCCUGCUGAACGGUGACCAGGCUCAGGGUGCCAUCCGCUCCCUCCACCAGAGCAACAUGCGUGGCCGAGACAUCACGGUGCAGCUCCAGCCCACCGACUCCCUGCUGUGCCUCACCAACCUGCCCCACACCUUCACCGCCCAGCAGCUGGAGGAGCUGGUCCGUUCCUACGGCAACAUCGAGCGCUGCUUCCUGGUCUACAGCGAGCUCACCGGACACUCCAAGGGCUACGGCUUCGUGGAGUACAUGAAGAAGGACUCGGCGUCGCGGGCGCGGUCGGAGCUGCUGGGGCGACCGCAGGGGGACCGCGCGCUCAUGGUCCAGUGGACAGACGUGAACCAGCUGACCGCGGGUCACCACCUCCACUCUAAGUGCCUCUGUGUGGACCGGCUGCCCCAGGAGUACGAGUCGGAGGAGCUGAACCUGCUGUUCUCGGACCGCUACAAGCCUGUCUUCUGCCAGCUGGCCCAGGAUGAGGGCAGCCCGGUGCGUGGCUUCGGGGUGGUGGAGUAUGAGAGUGCAGAGCAGGCGGAGGCCAUACUGAUAGAGAUGGACAAAACACUGGUGGGAGGACAGGAGAUCCGUCUGUCUCUCUGCACCCCCGGAACCUCAGGCAGGAGCACAUUGGCCGCGCUCAUAGCUGCUCAGGGCGUGAUGUUGAGUAGUAAGAAGGGCUUACUGCCGGAGCCCAACCUGGCCCAGCUACUGAACAGCAUGGCCAACCCAGCAGCCCUACAGGUCCUCAUGAGGCCCUACCACACUGGGAAACGAGGAGGGAAGUUUGGGCGGCACCCCAGCCUUUCUCCGUUCCUCAGACCCCCCCUCACAGCAGCCCUGCUACAACUGGGGAAGGUACAGCAGAGCGCCAUGUUGGGGAACGGGCUGGUGUUGCAGAACCUCCUGCACAUGCAGCUGGCCCAGCAGCAGCUCUUACACAUCAAAGACAAGCACAUCAGCAAUGUAUCCAGUCUGCUGGGUGACCCUUCUCGUCUACUCCUACAGAAAGCCCUGGGUCUCAGGCCUCCAGCCCACAUGGCCCUGGGCAAAGGUCUGCUGGGUGACUCCCCCAUCGUGUUGGGUCAGGAGUCCCUGCCAGCGUCCAGUCAGGCCACGGUGUCGGCAGCGGGCAUGAUGCCCUACCUGCAGGCGCGGGCACACCUGGGUAUAGCCGGGGGAGGGGAGCUGAACGGGGUCUCCACCGCCUCUGACAGGCAGCCAGCGCCUCCUGGGACCACGAUGCACCCUCAGCCCCAGGGACAGGGCUACUCACUGGGAAUGAGCAGCCCGGGGCUGGGCCCACCUCCACCCAAAGCCCCAGGGGGCCACCAGCUCGGCCUAUACAGCCACAGUAGCACCGACAGCAGCGCAGCUAGUGGAGCUCCCAGCUGUCAUAUCUCUCUUCUGGGUGAACCUCCUAAAGAGAUGAAGCUACCCUCCAACCCCUACCUGAAUCUAGCUAGUGUGUUACCUGGCAUGGUAAUGCAAGCCCCGGCGGCCGGUAAAGCGCAGGCAGGACAGCCUCUGGCUGGGAUGUACAGCAGUGCUAUGCCCCCUGUCUCCCAACCCUCCACCUCUCACGCCCCAGCACCCUACAGCACAGAUACCUCUGCAGACUACAGCCAUUACAGCCAGGCAUACUCACAGGAGGCCAUUCAGCAGUGGUACCAGCACUACCAAGCACAAGCCCAGAGCUACAGCACCGCCCCCCAGGAGAGUCAAGCUGUGGACUACGCCAAGGAGCACACACAGCAGCAGGCAGCAGCGGCAGCGCCGUCCUACGGGGAUUACAGCUCCUACAUGCAGGCUGUCAGUCAGUACUAUUCUCAGCCUCCCAUGACCCAGCCACCUCCCCAGGCUUACCAGAACAGAGACCCUACCAAGGAGGCUGACGUGUGUAAGCCGCUGGGUGUGUCUCUACAUGCGGUCAGUAACAGUGGUGCCCAGUCGGUGCUGCCAGCCUACAGCUCCAUCCCUAUGAUGCCGGGCUUCAUGACCGUGCCACCUCCCUCCACACACACACUCCCACCCAGCCCUGUCACACACACUCAGAGUGCCCACGCCCAAGCGGCCAGCGAAUGGAACCAGUAUUACUAUAAUCAGGCUCGGGGACAGAAGCGGGAGUACCCUCACUUGGCGGUGCAGAAUAUGGCAUCAGAGGGCGUGUAUGUGGGGCAGCACUCCCAGGGGCUGGGGGGCCAGUACGCUGACUACUUCAAGAAGAAGCGGAUCUAGAGAUGACCUAUGACCCCUGGCCUCCCUCUCUCUGACCUCCUGCACCCUAACUCCUAACCCCUACAGUACAUACACAGUCUUGGGUUUAGUGUUGUACGACGUUGGUAAACACACACCGUUAUGUCGCUUUUGUCCUUUUUCAAGCCUUAAUUCUGAACUAUUACUCUCUUCUCAGUUGAUGUGUAAAUGUUUAUUGACUAAUAAUCUGUAAAUUGUUUGUAAUGUAUAUAUGAGCUGCUUUUGUAUUUUAUGGCCAAUCAGUCAGUCUGCCUUGUUGAAGGCCAGUCACUGUGUAGUCGGGUUUCUCUCUCUCUGUGUUUCUAUCUCUCUGUGUACUCUUUCUUCAAAAUGGGGGAAACUGUAGUGUUGCACACAGAGUUGCUUUGAUGCCUUCCUGUAACUGACGUGUUUUUCUCUUCCUCGGUGUCUUUCUCUUUUUCUGACUGCCUCAGUGUCUCUUUUUAUCUCUCUUCGCGGAGACCUUGACAUGGCGCGUGUGUGUGUGUGUGUGUGUGUGUGUGCGCGCGCGUGCUUAUUUGUUGUGCCGUGCUGUAAGCGUAGGAGUGAUCAGCCAUUCCCAGGGUACAAGGCGGCGGGGCUACCGUGGAAACUCAGAGACACAGGAAGGGGGACAUCCAAUCACUGCUCUUAACCUUUAACAAUGGACACUAACCCUAACGUAGCAGGUGUAGAAGAAACGGCUGAAACUAGAUCCUCUACAUACUGGACUUGACGAAAGGAAGGGAAAAAACUGUCGGGGGGGGAGGUUCUCUUCUGCGCUGUUCAACCAAUCCAGUAAAUGUGGAGGAGGAGUUACGAUGGAGUGUUUCUCAGGUGUCUCCUUGUUAACAUGCAAAAGUGGAGCUCCCAGCUCUCUUUCCAUUUCCCCUGAAAACCGGAACAUCCGUUUGUUGGGGACUCGGCAGAUGCUAAUGGACACUUACAAAGGCUGGGCUGGUCUACUAGCAAAUUAAUGGGACACUUAAACUUGGUAUCUUAUAGCCAUUAGAAUAGUCACCGAGUGGACACUUCUUUGUGCCCAUAUAGCUAUGUAUUAUAACUUGCUUGUGGAUGGACACUUCCUAGGCCUUCUUAUGGCCCUGUGUUUGUGAUAGCUACAGGUUUGAAACCUUCCUGUUUAUAAUGGCUGUUGUUUUCUGUAGGGGCCAUGGAACAGUGGCUCAGUCGCUAAACGCAAUAAGGUACGCAGGAGGAGGUCUCCCAGGUUUUCCCAGGUUCUUCUCUUCUUUUCCCGCUGUUUAAAAAAAAAAAAUGCGGUGAACUUUUCAGGACGGGAAGGGCUCUGGAGACACAAAUAAACCAACCGACACUUUAAUACCGCUUAAUAAGCUGCCAUUAGAAAUGAAACCGAAAACAGAAAGACUCAGGAGAGUAGCCAUGUUGAAUUAUCUCAGAGAUGUUGUGGACUCCAGGGUUGGAGUCAAUUCAGGAAUUAAAAAAUCCAGAAGUUUGUAAUAAUAAGUCAGCAAUUUUCAUCAAGCAAUGAAUCUAAUUUCAAUUCAUCCCCUUAAGAUUCAUGUGGUACAGUGCAAGGGAAACCCAACCCUGGUGAUCUGACAGAGGGGGUGCUAGGGGUAUGAAGGCCCCAGGAAAGGGCAUGGAUGAGGGCUAAGUGUUGGCACAGGUAUUCAGCCUGAGACCCAGGCAAUAACAACAACUACUGCACCAACAAAUGUGUUUUAGUGCUGUCAUAUAUCCUCAUGCUCUCAAUGGGCGAAGCAUCUCAAAAUGAUAUUAGUGUGUGACUGUACAUUAUUUAAACCCUUUCAAUGCCGUUACACUGGCUUAAAGCCACACUUCUAUUUUUACUGUGUGUGUGCACGUGCGUGUCUGUGUGAACUGCCCAGUAGGACUUGGUUUUUCCAGCCAGCUGAUUGCUCUCUCCCACCAAGCAAUGCUUAGAAGUGUGUGUGUGUGUAGCUUCUUUAUUUCUGUGUGUGUGUGUGUGUGUGUGUGUGUGUGUGUGUGUGUGUGUGUGAGAGAGAGAGAGACCAUAGGAGUCUGUCUCUGUCAGUGGCUGUAAAAGGCAGACCCAGGCAGUAAAUACUGUCUGCCACGUAUUCAGGCACAUUAGGCCAGUCUGUUGUUUUGAUAGUGUUUUGGUGAUUGUAUUAGCUAUUCUCGGCAGUCUCCCCCCCACUGCAAUUACCGCGUGUGCCACGGCGCUAUGCAGAGCUCUGUGUGUGAGAGUGAUUUUGACCUGCACAUUUUCUCCCUUUGCCUAUAGCAGGUCCAUAGGUUUUUAUAGUUAUUCAGUCUAGUCUGUGCUUUUUGUGUGUCUGAAUGAGUGUGUGUGCAUUAAUAACCUGCUUUUGGCAGGUAUGAGGGGAACAGACAACAGCGAGGGAGAGAAAGAGAGGAGAGAGGGACAGAGAAGGAAAAACAGGUCCUGCUGCUAGCUCAGCCUGCGUUUAUUGGCACCGUCGUUCCAUUUUAAUUCCUCUCUUUCUCUCUGGUCGGUCUCUGGCUGAUGGGUGUUGGCUGUCUGUGUGUGUGUGUGUGUGUCCGUCCAGAAUUGAGCCGAGGGCUCCUACAGUAGGCUUCAGGACAGGUCCGUUACCGUUUAAUAAUAGGGCUGAUAAUCACAGCACAGUUACCUCUGCAGGACAUCUCUCUGUCUGUCUCCUUUAGGAAGUAUUCCCUAUAGUCUUGCAUAUACACUGUAUGAUGUGCCAGUUCAAAAGAAAUCCCGGAUUUGAGGGGGUAAAUUAAUAAAUCAGCAGUGUAACUGGCCUCAAGGGCCAGAACUGAGCGUCUUGAGCGCUUUUAGCUUUGCUGGGACUAGAGACCUGACCAGAGCUUGCAGUUAUGGAGUUUCCCAUAUAUAUAUUUAUCUGUUGUGCCUAUCUCUGCAUGUUGCCAACCAGGCGUAUCGUUAUAUUGAUUGUAAACCAGAUUCUUUACCCCUGAACUACUCAGUCAGUGUUGUAGGAGAAACAGUGUAGUUGACCUGUGUGUAGGCACGGUGCAUAGCGGUGACACAAGUGUUGGUACUACACUGGGUGAGCCUGCUGCACCUAGGGUACUGAACCAUAUGAACUGUGUGUGUGACCACAAAGCUUUGCAAUACUGAAGUCUUUUAAGACUGAACAGAACAUUUAAAAAGCUGUAGACAUAGAUUGAGUGUGCUUUUCUCUUUGUACGGUUUUCUUUGAAAGUAUGUGGAUUUUUUUCUGACCUAAAAUCUCUACUGUAGAUUUUGCAAUAUUUUAUAUCACAACUACAUUGAUAUUGCUUUACUGUGAAUAACUUAUUUCUAGAAGCAAUUGAAUUUUAGCAUGCAUAUUUACUGCUUUAAUCUAGAAGAAACUCCAGUUAAUAUUGCAUCAGACUUUAGGAAUUUGACACACCAAACAUAUUUUGGGGGGGGGUGAUUUUAUUCAUUUAUAUUGUGCAUUUAUUUAUUGUCUUAUUCCUCUGAAAAAUAGAUUUUGUUUUCUCUCCUUUUAUGAGCAAAAAUAAUUGUCUUUUACAUUCCGGAAUAAACAUGGACUGAAAAAAAUUCAAAA